AUGGGUAGUGAUCAAUGCAACCGAUUUAAUAAGGACUCGCUGAAACUAAUAUGCCAAAGAGCCAGUAUAUGGGAAUUGGGCACCUGUGUUUGUCCACAUGGAACCUAUGGGGCGCUUGGUUCUUCAACUUGCAAAAAUGAAACGGUGAUCGGCACGUUCUGCAACAACACUAUUGAUACGUUCCUGUGUCAGUCUGCAAUCAAUGACAGCCAGUGUCUGGACGGUAGAUGUCAGUGCAUGUUAGGUUUCUACGGAAAAGAAGCUGGGAAAACCUGCACCAACACCCAAGUCGUUGGUCUCGGGUGCCAAAAUGAAACUGACUGUAGCAAAGUGAGCAACACCAUUUGUGAGAACGACAAGUGCUCUUGUCAACGUGGAUACUACGCUGAAGAAGGGGAGCCAUCGUGCAAGGAAGAGAUCAAGAAGGAUCUGGAACAACAUUGCGAUGGAGACGGAGAACAAGAAUGUAGAACGCUGAACGCAUCCUGCAUGGCGGGGAUCUGUAGUUGUCUGGUUGGCUUCUAUAAACACAAACCGAAUAUAACCAAACCGUGGACUUGCUUGCCCAAAUCUCUUGUCGGGCAGAACUGUACCUCUGAGCAUGGCUUCGACGUAUGCAACGACACCAAUGCUGCCUGUAACGGCGGCGUAUGUACUUGUAACAGUGGAUUCGCAAGGAGGGAAGACAUUUGUGUUUCUAAGGUUGACUUCACCCAGUCGUGUCAAUCGACAGAAGAGUGUUUGGAUAUAGACGCUGUAUGCAUUAACAACACGUGCGACUGCAAGAACGGCACCUACUUGGUCAGUGGUCGAUAUUUGUACUGCAGACCGCUAGUGAACCUCAACAAACCCUGCCCAUCAAACAGACAGGGUGUGUGCAAGGACCCCAAUGCGGUGUGUAGCGGAGGAAGAUGCAUAUGUAAACCUUCAUUUUAUAGUAAAGAUGGUAACGUUUGUGGUAAGUUUCAAGUGGUGUCAUUUACAUUCAUUCUAAGUCACAUUAUGUUUCCGUUUAUAAUAUUCUUAAUUACUAGAAUUACAAAGACUACGAAGGGGGGGGGGGUUGAUACAUUGUGUUUUUGCUAUGAUUGUUGUUUCGGAUAAUUUUGUCUUUUUGGUAGUUAUGGAAAUAUUUAUGAUAACGUACUGAGAAAUGAAGGGGUUUUCUACUAUUUAUGUAAAUUUGUUCCAUGCCACCUUAGUUCUUUGAACAUCUGUGAAAUACGUUAAACUUAUUACAUUGUUCUUAUUAUGAAACACACGGUGAUAAUUUGGUAUUUUUAAAUUUGAAUUAAAAUUCAAUAGGCAUACGUUUGUCUCUUUCUGUUUGUCCUUCCGCUUAA